AUGGGCCUGGGGUGGAGCAGCCACAGGCAUUGGAGCCAAGCAGAAAGAAAAUGGAAGUGUUUUGUUCCUUCUGGAAGAGCUGUCAGCUCUGCGGAGCUGCUGUGGGCUUCAGCUGUGAGUGCCGGGGCUGGGGGCUCAGUGCUGGUGGAGAUAGCGCCAGGAUUUGCUGGGACAAACAACUUGGUGGCUGCUCCAGCUGCUGUGAGUCCAGCAGCUCCUGUGGCACUGGCAUUGCCCCGUGGGGGCCACACGUGUGGCCUUUCCCAGGCCUGUCGGGCUGUGCCACGUUUGCUUUAGCUUGGCUUUAUAAAGAGGAGGUGCAGGAGCUUCCUCUGCUCCUUCUCAGACUCUGCCCCCAGCACAGCCUUUGCUAUGGAUGGCUUGAAUGUCUCCAUUGCUUUUUUUUUCCUGGGUUUUGGGGUAUGCCAGGUGGUCAGGUGGCUUUCCAAGAGGCUUCUGUCCCCCGGAACACAUGGCUGCCUUGCCAGGGAAUUUGCUGGCUCGUUCCAGCUGUGCGUGAGCCACCUUGAGCUGAGGAUGCUGAUGGAGAUCGGCCCCUGGGGUGGUGGCUUUGGCCUGGACGUGGUCCUGACCCUGCUCUUCCUCCUCUCCGCCGUCCACGCCGCCUCUUUGGACGGAGCAUCCGCCAACCCGACCGUAUCCCUGCAGGAGUUCCUGCUCCUGGAGUCCAGCCUGGCAGCCACGGCGGCCAAGCUGCUGGCCCAGGGCGUGGGUGCAGGGACGGGCUGGGCUGUCACGCGUCUCUACUGGUCCUGGGAGCUGACACAGCUGCACUUCAUCCAGAACCUGAUCGUGCCUGAGUGCGGCUCCUCCGUCCGCGCCUCCCUGCCCCACGCUGCCUUCGUGGAAGGCUCCUGCUCCUUCCUGUUCCACCUUGUCCUCCUCAAGGUGCAGCAGAGUCACCCCCUGUGCCGGGUCCCUGCGCUAGCAGUGACUGUCACCUUCCUGACCUACACAGCCGGAGCGUACACGGGGGCCUUCUUCAACCCUGCCCUGGCCACAGCCACCACCUUCCACUGCUCGGGGAGCAGCUUCUGGGACUACAUCAAGGUUUACUGGCUGGGGCCCCUCGCAGGGAUGCUCGCUGCCCUCCUGCUGUUCCAGGGCAACAUCCCACGCCUCUUCCAGAAAAACCUCCUCUACAGCCAGAAGAGCAAAUACAAGGUGCCCAAGGCAAAGGUGACAGCGCAGGUGGAGGGUGACAAACCACAGAGGAAGAGGAAAGGGGGAAAGAGCAACUCGGAGCCCCGUGCCUGAGCCCAGGAGUCCCGGCAGCCCUUUUCCUGGGAAAGGGUUUCCCGGUGUGGAGGAUUUUGCAGCUCGUUCAGUCCUGAAAGCAUCACAAAGGAAUCCUCGCAGGAUGCCUGAGCCCCUGAGCUCCUUUGGGAAUUGCUUUGAAAGCCUCCCUGGAGAGCCUGAAAUGUUGUUUCAAGCCCACACUGCUGCCUCAGAGAGAAAACACGGGACACUUCUGCAUAAAUUGCUGGUUUUCUUGUACUGCCAGGAAUCUUACAGAGAGCUGGGACUGUUCCAUGGGCAGGCUUGAGCAACCCGGGGUUAUUGCACCGUGCAAUGCCUGCAAUAACCCCACUGGGUCUCUUGCAGCCCUAAAAACAAAGUAUAAGCCAGUAACUGCCUUGGAUGGGGAGCAGACAGGCUUUGAUCUUUCGACUUAUUAAUGGAUAUUGGUUAAAAAUUGGUGGGUUUUGAGUUAAACUUGACCUGAAGUCCUUGAAUUGCACAGGCUGAACCUGGCAAUUCUUGGAGAGGAAUUAAAAAUGCUCCAAGGCAAGAGAGUUCACUGGCCACGGGAGAACCUGCUCCUCUGGGAAUGUGCUUAGCCUGGGUUUUGGUGCUGUAAAGCAUCAAGAAAUGGUGUGCAAAGGGUCUGUGGUUGGAAAAAGGGUCUGUGCAUCCCUGGGCCCUGCUCCAUGUCUACGUGAAAUACUCCUAACUAUAAAAUUA